AUGUUACAUGUGUGCCUCGGCCGAGUAGGAGAUCAAAGUGAGCGACAGGUCACCCUCAGACCGAAGAACUCGGCAAACACGCUAACGAGCUGUGGUAGCAGGCGUGGCCCAGAAUCUUCGUCCCACCAGCUUAGCACGGUAUCUUCGCCGCCGAAUGGCAAUCCCGCGAUACAGAGUAGCCCUGUGGAGAGUCGGAGCUUCUCACCCGGUCCCGAGCGCCUUGUUGCACCGGGAGAUUUGUCUGUGCGGUGCGGGCAGAGUCCUACAGCUCCGUCGGCUGAUGAUACUGGAGAUGACACCGGAACGCCUUAUUAUCCGUUCAACGAGCAUUUCAGCCAUCACAAUGAAGGUAACACGGGAAGGUUGCAGCCAGAUGAAGAUGUGGCAGAUAAGUCCUAUUCCCCGUUAUAUGGGGACCCUCGAGGCGUCGGCCUGGUAGUCGAAAUCUGCGAACCGGAGCCAAGGGAUAAGAGUGGCCACUUCCUCGUCCCACGAAUAAGCCCAACGCAUAUGGACCAGGAAACGAUUGAUUACUUGCGCCGUAAGGGCGUCUUCGACUUUCCGCCUCCUUCUGCCUGCGAAAUGAUCAUACGGACGUACUUCUACUAUGUGCAUCCCUUUUUCCCAGUUGUUGAUGCUCGUUCGUUUCUUGAUAUGUUCGAAAAUGCGCGCAACGAAGCCCUUUAUGAUGCGGAAUAUGAGAGAAAGAAGAUUACGCUAAUUCAGGCGGUACUUCUGACAGGCAUCUGGUAUUCGGACACUGAAGAUAGAACUGGACCUUGGCAUUGGAACGGCGUUGCCAUCGGUCUGUGCCAAACGAUAGGGCUGCAUCGGCAACCAGACACCGGUCAAAAGCACAGUAGAGCCAUCUCGAUGAGUGACAGCAGACUAUGGAGGCAGUUGUGGUGGAGCUGCUUUUACCGUGAAGCGUGGUUCUCUGCCGGCAUGGGCAGGCCUAUGCGCAUCAAUCUAGCCGACUGCAGUACCCCGAUGCCAGAUGCCAAGGAAUACAAUGACCUGCUCGCGGGGAUUCCGGAGAGCGUCCAAAAAAAGUAUCUUCCCGAAGGCACUAAGGACUUGACCAGAUUAUGGACAGAGCUGUUGGCACUUACGGUCUCUUUAGCUAAGAUUCUCUCAUGGCAGAACCGAGCGGAGCGGACACGACCUAGUAGGACGGAAAUACAACGCAUGGACGAUAGCAUUCGACAGUACUAUCUCCGUGAAGACCACGCCAUAGCUCAUAGACACAGUUACGUCGUCUCCCUACACGCGUACCAUCUUGAGCUGUAUCUAGAGUAG